AUGGAAAUUGAGGCAAGUCCACUGGUGGUAGGAAAGAAGCUAUGGAACAUAGUACGUAUACUGUUCUUCAUGUUAAGAAAGGGCAUAGCGAAGAGCAAAAUAGUGGUAGAGUUCCACUUGAUGCUGAAACGUGGAAAACUGGCUGGUAAAGCCAUGGUGAACAACCUCAUGCUCAACCACUACUACGACUCUUUCACGUGUCGCUCACAUGACACCUUAAUCUCUCCCCGCGAGUACGAGUUCAGCUGCAGUAACAGCCCCGACAUCCCCAUCAAACGCAAGCACCGCCACUUUAAUCGCUUCUCCAAGUCCUACAAAUACGACGACGUUUCCACACUCACCGCAGUUCAGAAAGUGCUUGAGAUGUUAAACAAUGACAAGGUGGUGGUUGAGCCUAAUAAUUCCCCUUUGUUCACUUUGCCUGGCUUCGGAAAGAGCCCCAUUGGAAGGCAACUUAGAGUCACUGAUUCUCCUUUUCCCCUUAAAGAUGAAGGAGAUAGCCAUGUCGACGCGGCAGCAGAGGAAUUCAUUAAGAAGUUCUAUAAAGACCUCAAUUUGCAGAAGAAAAUGGCACCUCUUGAGUCACCUUACCAUAACUUUUGGGACCGAUGAAAACUAAUCAAUGGGAAUUCAUUUAAACUUUGCGUUUUCUUUUUCUAUCCAUAUAAAUCCCACAACCAGAACCACCCUCUACAUAUUUUUCGCUGCUACAUAUUCAAAGUUAUACAUGAUCAGAUUGAUCAUAUUUCACGGUCACAUAGUGGUACAACCACGUGAUUUAAUUUAUUGCUUUGAAGUUUCCUGUAGCAGCUUUCUUUUGGUU